AUGGAGUUUGGAAAGGCGAAGGAGUUUUUUUCGCAGAAACUCAACUUCUUCAACUCGGAAGGCCUCAAGUCGGCCCAGGACAAAAUCGCACAUGCGGCUGCAAAUGUGACCAGUCACCAAAAGGAUGCCCAGGUGCCUCAGCCUCCAAGUCCUGACGAGAGUGUGGAACCGGCGGAGGCUCCUCCGGAUGCCACGUCUCCUGACCAGGAAGAGAAGAGAGAAUCCUCAGACAGCCGCCCGGAGAAUAUGGACGUGAUGGUCUAUGACGAGCUUUUGUGGGCUAACAAGUACACCUAUGAUGAGUUUGUAAAGUCGCUAAACGUCAAGUAUCAAGAACGAGGAGAUACGCCGGAGGAGAAGACCUACUGGUCAUACAGAAGAAGGUGGAGAGUUCGGCUCUACAACCUCAAGAUCGUGAAUAAAAUGUCAGAUUCGCUAACUUGUUUUGCGGAGUUUGAUUUUGGUGGGACCAGGUCCGAGUGUAGCGUACAAAUGGGCUCAAAGACGUGCAUUCUAAAUAAAGGCGAAUCGAAGCAAUACAUUAGGACUCCAGUCGUUGAGAAUGUUACCAAGGAAAUGUCCAGAGAUUUCAACUGCACAAACACGUUUGAAUAUCAUGGAAGCUAUCUGGACCUUGAGCACGAAAAGCUACGCAUAAAACUCUGGAAGUGCCGAAAGUAUACGAUAAACUGUCUAGAGUCAGUCUAUGAGGAGUACCUUAUAAAGUAUGUCAAGGGAGAUAUUUUUGUGGAGAUUCCCAUGUACAAAUUUGAGGAUAAAGAAAAGAAGCUGAGGUGCAAAAUCUCGUUUGAUCUCUUUUUCCAGGAGCUUUACGAUUUCGAACUCUCGUUUAUAAACUGGAAGGUCAAUGGAAUAAAGUCUUCCGUGAACCUCUUUAACCGAAAACCAGUUUUGCAAGAAGCCGCUUCAAACCAAAGUACUGAAGGUGAUGAAACGAGCAAAGACGCUGGAAAUGCAAAGAGUGAUGGAACCGAUAAAAAAAGCGCAAGGAUAGAGAAUGUACUUCCAGUGAAUAAUUCAACCAGAGGAACAAUGCAUCGCCCAACGAGAAUGAAUAGAAUCCGUUACUUUAUAUUCAGACUAAAGCUCAGGAAAAAGUGGAAAGCCGAAAAUAUUGAUGCAUGUAAAGUUUCAAGUGAUAACUCUGAGGCACUCCAAAUGAAGAAGGAAUCAGAUAUGACUGAAUAUGAGCGACUCUUGGUAAAGAGAAGUCUACUCAUAAAGGACGAUCCAUACAUGAGACCUGAACCAGAAGUACCGAAAAAGUAUUUACCAUCACCAAGGCUACGCAUUAGAAUAAAAUCAUCAAAUGGGCACAGGGUUGGUGGUCUUGAGCUGGUUUCGCAUGUAAUCAAGAAUGAGAGUAACGCUCAUUGGAGCAAUAUAGGUGAACUCGUUUUUAGAGGAACACUUAUGGAUUUACAAAAGUCUGAGUUGGAAAUUUCUGUUCUCGAUGCUAAAGCUCCAAAUGCUGUAAAUUGUGUUGGCUACACUCUCGUCUCUCUUGGUUCCAUUACGGACUAUCCAUUUUUGAUUUCAAAACUAAAUAGCCCCAAUUGGCUCAAACUCAAGGCAAAUAUUGAGGGAUGGAAUGACAAUUUGGAUAAAUGGAGCUUUGGAUCCAUACAUGGUAAGGUGGAAAUACACAGGAAACCACAGUAUAGACAAACAGUCAGCAAGUCUGCAUCUGUAACAAUGGGAAAUUCGCCGACGCUAAUUGUCCACAUCAAGGCCGUGGAUCAGCUAAUUACCGACGUGGACUUGACCAGCAUAAACUCGUUUGCCGAAGUAUCCUUUGCAGGCCAAACUUAUUCUACUCAAGUCUACAAUGACCUAUUUUCUCCCUUUUGGAACGAGGAAAUUACAUUUGCGCUAGCUCCACCACUUUAUGCUGGUAUCGACUGUGAAUUCUUCCUAAGGUGUGGACUCAUUCGAAUUAGUGUUUGGGGUUAUAGCUCAGAUUUGACUUCUGGUAUUAUAUACUUUGGAAGCACAUGUUUACAUCCAUGUGAAAUUUUUUAUACUCCAAAGGGAGAAUUGCGUCAAAAGAGUCAAACUACCCAUAAAGGCUACAAUUCAAAGUAUGAAACUAGAGUAUUUAGCGGGAAAAGGAAGCUACACCUCUUACAGGAUGAUGAUAGGACGUCUAAUAUAACAUUUUCAGCAUGGAUUUUUCCAGAUCAUAAUGUUCAAUCAGUAAAGACUUUUAACCUCCCACAAGAAAUUAUGCAACAAACUCAAAUAAACAUGUGCGGAGUCAAUACUGAAACGUACAAGGAGCUAGAAUCCUACUGGAACAAGAUAGUUGCACUUAGACCUGGAGAAACUGGAAAGGUAAUUCAUCGUGCAAUUACGGAAUAUAAUGAAGGAAUAUAUUUGCCAUGUCUUGUGGCUCCUAUGCAUCCACCCCCAAACAUUGAUAACGAGAAUGCAAUAUUUCAUAUGAUUAGGUGCAUACCAUUCGUGUCAAAACAAUUCGCUAGAGUCUAUACACCAGGAUUUUUGAUGAAAAUUAAGCGUGGGCAUGCUCUUGAUCAUGCAAUACUCUUUUGUUCCUACCUCAGGGGAAUGCUACCCCCUGUGGAAGCAUACGUUUGUUUGGGAAGUACAACGGAGAAGAAGGCACAUGCAUGGGUUAUGACACUUUAUCGCAAUACCAAAACAGUAAAACUAUGGGAGACAACAAACGGGGAACGCUAUCUUCUCAGAGAUGUUUUUAUUAAUGAUGAGAGCAUUUCCUUAAACCCCGAAGAUAAAUACAAUGGCAAAAUACCUUACAUGACGCUUGAUGCAAUUUUUAAUGAGCAAAAUCUCUGGCUAAAUGUUCAAGAGUCACUCGAUCCGCAGUAUAUUUUCUACAAUGUGGAGCGUCUAAAUUUAUUUUGUCCCUUUAUGCCAAAGAAAAAUACAACAGCUCCUUGUUACCCUCCAAAGAUUAACUAUGCCAUAAUGAACAAGUAUGAGCUUGAAAAACUUAAUAUCAAGUUAAAAAACCAACUUGAGCGUUCUAUGAACUUGCACAGGACAGCACAAAAUUUGCAGACUAAAUGGAACAAUACUCCAGAGCUUCAGGCGUUUUUGGAGAAGGGGCUUAGACUUGUGCAUACAUGCAACACAUGUUCUGACGAUAAUGUGCUUUUGGUGAAAAGGGGACUGCAAGAGUGGAAAAACAUAUUGAGGAAACGAGUUCCCCAAAGUUAUCAAUUACUUGGAACAGCUUUGCAUUUUAAUACUGUGGAUCCAGAAUCCAUUUUGGAUCCUUUGCGCCAUACUUUGAACUGCAUUGAUUCACGUGAAAUGUAUGUAACGUUUGCUAUAAGCACGUUAACAAAGAGCCUUCCUGGAGAUUUGUACAGUGUAUAUCUCUAUGUAUUGUACACCUGCAAGGUACAUGAAAGGGUGAGAAGAACGCUUGCUAUGAAACAAGAACGGCUAAGCAUACGGAAGAAAAAUAGACAGAGCGUUAAAAUUAGCAAUGAAGUACAAGAAAAUGAAAAGGAGGAGGAUGAAGACGACGAAGAGGAUGGAGGAGAUAUAUGGAUAAAUGGUGGAAUGACUGCAGAAGAUGAUGACGAAUCAGACACUGGUGCUGAUAUUACACAUACUGAUCUUGUAGAUAAAAUCAGCAGAAACCUAUCUAUACAAAAUAGGCAAUUUACCAGGAAGAAAACUACCAUGGCGGGGCUAUCUCUCCGGAAAACUACAUUGGAAAACGAUGAAGGAACACCAAGUUUUCAUCGUGAACAUUCCAGUGAAUCAUUUUCAGAAGUUUCGCAUCAAGGAUCUUCAAUAGAUCCCAUAAUCUCUAGAAAUUAUUCGAGCAAAUUUUCAAACUUUGAAAAUCUUCCCUCCAUCGACAUUGAAGACUUACAUUCCGGAAAGUUUUCAACGAGUGCUAGUAAAUCUAGAAUAUCUUCAAGCAGCAUUCUAAAGACGCUUUUGACCUCGGAGAAUUUCCCAUCCCUUUCCACACUUGGAUCUCAGGCAUUUACAAGCAAAUUUACCAGCCGUUUGUUUUCUGGCAGUAAUGCGCCGCAAUCAGGUGAUUUCGGUGCUGAGGGAAAAUCGAAUGCCUCAUCUAAAACUGGGUCAAGUAGCCAAUCUUCUAGUGCAAGGUCUAGAAUGUUUUUGGAAUCAAAGAGUAGAUUUUUAGAGUCUAGAAAUGAUUUUCCAUCUUCAUCCGAUAGUACACUAUCAUCCAAUCGCAUUCAAGUGGAAGGUGAUCCCCCUGCGGAUGCAGGAUCAAAAGACGAGGAGGAUAUUCAGACAAAAGACACGUGCAAGACGGAAUAUACCGUGAGCAGUAGCUGGAGUAGCAGUGGUAGUAGCGAUGUUGUCAAGAGUGCUAGAGAGGAUGAACAAGAUGAUAGUGAAGGGAGCGGAAGCGAGAAGGAUGAGAAACCCAUUGUUCCUCCUCUCAAUAAAAAGUUGCAAAAUUUCCUGAGGAAAAAAACCGAGGCAAAGAACAAGGUGGAAUUGCCAUGCACGGAAACUUUGGGAUCUGAACUCUCAAUGUCUGAAUGCGGUAAUUCUGUUGGUAGAUUGGAUACCGUUAUGGACCUAUCAUCGUCUUGUACACUGCCAGAUGAAGCAACAGCAAGAUUAGUCUCCAUCGAUGCUACAGAAACAUCCGUUUCCAUACCAUCAUCCUCUGAUUUUUCGGAAUCCAAAUCUAGCCGUUUAUCCAAGGAACCACCACCACAAGACACUGUAGGUGCGGAAACAAGUAGGUUUUGGAAGGGAAGUGACAAGGCUUCGAGCACUUCCUUGGACACUCCCGAAAGCUUUUAUACUGAUGUUAAUGUACGAAGGUUGAAAAUGGAAAAGGAUUUUAGGCCACAAACUAAGCAAAUUUCCUUUGCCGACACAAGGUCAAUGAGUGCAACAUCCAUGGAAUCUAGGGCUGAAACAGCCUCUCUUGGCUCUAAAAAGUUUUCGAUUUCGAGCUCAAGGGAGUCUGGAAUUUCCGGAAAACUAUCCAGCUCCAUAUCAUCCAUUUAUAGCUCCAAGGAAUCCCCGACUGAGAAGGUGUCCAUAAAAAGCGGCCUUGAUACAAAUCGUACGAGCACAGAAUGGAGCCAAGAAUCUAAAAGUAUAAACUCCUCCAUAAAAACCUCUUCUGUCCAUGUGACUUCAGACUGGGACUCAUCGAGCAUACAGAGUGCUUCUAGCGGCAGUGAAAGCGGGACACUUGGUCUCGGCUCAGCAUCUAGCCUUGUUCAUUCUGAUACAUUGAGCAUGCAGAGUUCAAGGACGAGCUCGCAUCUUGUUUCAUCUCGUUCUUCAAGCAAGCUCUCAAAAACACCAGAGGUUACCGAGACUUCCAGCUGGUCAAGUGUAAAGCUCUCCAGUGAAGCGCCGUCUAGAGAGACGCAAAAUGUUAGAGGGGGAAAAGAAGAACACCAGCUGCUAAAGAGACCCAGCAAACUGUUGGCGGAGAUGCUUGUGAAAAAGGUGUCCAUGCAACAAAGGGAAGAAACUAGCGAUGUAGAAGUACAAGACACUGCAAGAGAACGGGAUUAUAAAAAGGUUGGGGUAUUUGGAUUGUUUGUUUAG